GGUACUCAACCCUCUCCCCCACGGUCUCUAAGGCUUACCUCUCCACUGCUUUUGAACCAUCAGAGGGAGCUAAUGCAGCGCCGGAGGCAAGAAAUAGUGAUGUUAGUAUGGAAUCAGGUAUACCCCAUACUGAUCCGGCCAAGGAAGGCUUGUUUGAAGCCAAACAUCAAAACAUGGCCAUGACAACCGACGCUGCAAGAGAUGGACCGGUGAAAGCGGCGGAAAUGGAAGAGACGGUGGGAGACACCGCGACGCGCACCAUGGUGGAGGGAGCGAAACAGGUCAAAGAGGCGGUGCUAGGGGAAGAUGAGAAAGUAGGGCCGAGCAAGAAGAGCUUGAGUGAGGAUGAUACUGAUAGUAUUGAGGAUCUGAGGAGGAGGGCAGGAGGGUAUGAUAAGAAGGAUCGUUGAAGAGAGUUUUAUGUAUUGCGUUUCUAGCAAUUAUGUAUACAUCUGUGGUAAUAAUAGCAGA